GCACACAAACCCGUUCUCCAACCGCACGCAGCACUUCUUCACUCCUUCACGUCCACGGUCCUCUUCGCCCAGAGACCCGCAGGAGGAGGAGCAGCGGGCCGGCGGCACCGAGCAAGAUGUCGCAGCUGUAGACGGAGGAGGAGCGGCUGCUCGUCACGUGGAUCCCCGCGAGGAGGCUUCGGGUCGUUGGGUCCUCCAGCAGUAUUUUCUGUAGCCGCCAUCAUUCUGUGCUGUAAGGCCGACCCCAAAAUGUCUUCCAACGGAGACCUCAGCGACCUGGGGAGCUCCGACAGCUUCUGGGAGCCGGGAAACUACAAGCGGACGGUGAAGCGGGUCGACGACGGCCAGCGGCUGUGCGGCGAGCUGGUGAGCUGCUUCCAGGAGAGGGCGAAGAUAGAGAAAAGCUACGCCCUGCAGCUGAGCGACUGGGCCAAGAGGUGGAGGGGCGUCGUGGAGAAAGGUCCUCAGUACGGGACGCUAGAGAAGGCGUGGCACGCCUUCAUGCAGGCGGCCGACCGGCUCAGCGAGAUGCACCUGGAGCUGCGUGAGCGGCUGGCGGGCGAGGACAGCGAGAAGGUGCGCGCCUGGCAGAAGGACGCCUUCCACAAGCAGAUGAUGGGAGGCUUCAAGGAGACCAAGGACGCCGACGACGGCUUCCGCAAGGCACAGAAACCCUGGGUCCGCAAGCUGAAGGAGGUGGAGGCCAGUAAGAAGAGCUACCAUCAGGCCAGGAAGGAGGAGUGGACGGCGGUUACCAGGGAAACGCACGCCAAGGCCGACCCGACCAAGUCUCAGGAGGAAGUACGCAAAUUCACAACCCGGGCGGAGCGCUGCAGCGAGGAGGCCGAGAAAGGGAAGCAGCGCUACACUAAGGCCCUGGAGGAGCUGAACCGCUGUAACCCCCGCUACAUGGAGGACAUGGAGCAGGUGUUCGACCUGACCCAGGAGGCCGAGCGCAAGAGGCUGCGCUUCUUCAAAGACGUCCUGCUGGACAUCCACACACACCUCGACCUGUCCUCCAAAGACGGGUUCAUGAGCCUGCACCGCGAUCUGGGUCAGACCAUCCGAGCAGCCAAUGACACGGAAGACCUGCGAUGGUGGAGGAACACCCACGGGCCGGGCAUGAGCAUGAACUGGCCACAGCUGGAGGAGUGGUCUCCGGAGGCGAGUCGCUCCAUCAGCAGGAAGGAGCGAGGUGGACGCCACGAGGACGACGUGGUCACCCUCACCAACGUCGUCUCCUCGGGAGGAGGCGACGUCCCGCCCAGUCCCAUCACCAUGGAAACCAGCAGGGUGAAGGAGUAUUCGUCCGACUGGUCCGACGAGGAGAGUCCCAGGAAGGAGGUGAACGGCGUGCAGGAGGCGGAGCCCGAGGACGAGGAGGAGGAGGAGGAGGAGCAGGUAGAGGGGGUGCGAGUCCGAGCGCUCUAUGAUUACACGGGCCAGGAGGCCGAUGAGCUCAGCUUUAAAGCAGGCGAGCAGCUGCUGAAGAUGAGCGAGGAGGACGAGCAGGGCUGGUGUCGAGGACAGCUGAGCGACGGCCAGGUCGGCCUCUACCCCGCCAACUACGUCCAGGUCCCCGCCUCCUGAUGGCCCGCCCCUCUCCGGUCACCCAGCCAAUGGUUACGCUCAAGAUGCCCGGACCGAUCACGAGCCGCUAGACGGUGAAACCAGACGGUUGUUUUUAAACCGACCGUCGAACUCGUCACAGUUUGUUUUUCUGUUCGAGGCUGAACGGACACGAGGACACGGGACGCCGUGGCGUUCUGCUCGCCGCCAUCUUGUUUAGUUACCACUCAUCCACAUGACCUGUGUGAGAGCAACAGGGCUGACUGUGAUUGGCUGAAACAUCUGUCAAUCAAACACGUGCUUUUUUUUAAAGAAAUUGUUUUGACUUUUUGGUGAAUGAGCUUCUUUGCUUUCUUGAGUCUGAUCCCACUUUGAUAUCUCAUGUAAGAAUAAACCCAGCCGCCUGUUAGCUUAGCUUAGCAUAGGUCGGGAGUUUAAAGACUUUUUGUUAAUUGAACGUCACACGAGCAUUUCUACUAACGAUUACCAACAGUUUGAGGAAAUAUUUGGUUCUAUGAUUUAAAAAGUGAAAGUUUCAAACCUGUGUAAAGUUAAAUACUGUGAGACUCCCCAAUGGACCCUUCUCUAAGCCCCGCCCCCAGUGGCUAGUCUAUGGAACAGCUUGUCGGGAACCUGGUCGGAGCUGGCUGAUGCUACGCUAUGAUUGGCCAGUCUGCGUACGAGGGGCGGGACUUAGCAAAGGGUCAGUUACAAGGUCGUGUGUCUAAAAUUGCAAAACAAAAAGGUUCGUAAACUCCGGAUAAUCGACCGUAGAGUUAAACAUUCGAUUCACACGUAGAACGUGGAGCUGAGAACCAAUCGGCUCGUCUGACGAGGAUUACGCUGUUUGCAAUGCUAAGCUAACCGGCUAAUGGCAUAAAUACUGAGAAUAUAUAAAACUAUUUUUAUCAAAGCCUUCGUGUUCUCUUCAUUACAUUAAAUGAACUUCUCGUGGGGGAAAAUAUAAUUUUAAUAGAAAUAAUUUGGGACUUUUUUUCAGUAGUUUUGUCUUUGAUCUAGUGGCCGUUUGAGGAACUGCAGCUUGAGGCACCUCUUCGUCUUCAUCAUCAUCCUCCUCUUGAAAGAGAGGAAACAACCCAAUGAAAAGACUCAGUGCCUUAAGUCUGACCGAGGAACCACAGCUCCCAGUAGAAACCAGUAGAACCUCCCGAUACCUGUAGAACCUCCCGAUACCAGUAGAAACCAGUAGAACCUCCCGAUACCAGUAGAACGCAGUAGAACCUCCCGAUACCAGUAGAAACCAGUAGAACCUCCCGAUACCUGUAGAACCUCCCGAUACCAGUAGAACCUCCCGAUACCUGUAGAACCUCCCGAUACCAGUAGAACCUCCCGAUACCAGUAGAACCUCCCGAUACCUGGACUUCAGUUAUUUUGUAGGUUUUUAGGACUGAAUUCACUUUGUUCCCUUUUCUUUUUAACGUUAGCUGAAUGUUCAUAUGGAGUCAACUUUGAUUAAACUGUCGCUACUGUUUCUUUUUUAAAAUAGCGUUUUUACGUUCUAAUUUAUUCUCUUUAAUGGAGCUUUCACAGGCCGGAGUCCAGCUGGAGUUUCUUUUGUUUUGCUGCGAUCGCGAAGCACACGCACUUCACACGUCUGAAAUAAUAAUGAUAAUAGAUAAUAAGUGAUAAUAUUCUUUCCCUGUUUAAGUUUGUGCGCCUCCUUCUGUCCUGAUAACCCACGAUUAAUACGAGAUCAAUAAACGCUACAGAGCUGCUUCAUUCUUUACUUUUCUUUAAGGAAUUAUAACGUGUACAGAACAUAAAGUGGGAACAAUAAAGAUCUUUCUGCAGCUGGA